CGCUCGGUGCUCGCCAGUGGGUGUCUCGAUCUCGGCGGGUUUGAGGUGUCGGUCGGAGUAACCGGAGACUCUGGAAACGUCCCUCAGUACACUGGGAGUUUCGGCUCCUGCUCAGCUCCCGGACGUGUGGUCACUCGUUCUCCAGUUUGUGUUCGCUGUGGCUCACGAAGAGACUGUUCUGUGUGAAAAUCUCAGGGGAAUCAGUGGUUUCUGAGAUACUCAAACCACCCCAUCUGGCACCAUCCAUGGUCAAAGUCACUUGGAUCGCGUUUCUUCACCACACCGUUCUGAUGGUUUGGUCUGCACAACAAAUGAGCCUCUGGACCAUGAGCCGACAUCAUCACGUCCAUUUCAGUCACUCUCUCUAUACCUACUACCAUCACGUGGGGUAUACUUACGUGUGAGAAGGUUUCCCACCAGGCUCAAAGGAAGAUUCAUUCAAGCUGUGAUAGAGCUCUUCAAAGGACAUCUUGUACAAUAAAGUGUCCAGAGCACAGAAGGUCUACGAGGUUGGUUGUGUCUCACCGGACGGCAGUUUGCAGACAUGAACAGUCCUAUUCUACUGCUGAUGUUGGCUGUCUUUGCAAAGAUCUCGUGGGAGGAAGAAAUCAAGCUGGUCUCAGCCACUGGAGACUCCGUUUGGUUUCCUGGCGUAGAUGCAGAUCAAAGGCACCAGAAUGGGGUGUUCCAAUGGAAGAAGGUCAGCAGGAACGAUACGAAGGAACAUUUGAAACCGAUUCUGAAGUUUCACAAGAGCAGCAAGGAGCCUGCCUUGAUUCAAAAUUACAGCAGGCGCAUCACUUUCUCGACGCUUAAUGGGUCACUUGCCAUUCAUAACAUAACACAUGAAGAUGAAGGUCUGUAUCGGCUGUUCAUCAACCGGAAAAGAGUCGCAGUUCAGGCGGUUUGGGUGAGAGUAAUAGAUAAACUCUCAGCAGUUUCUUUGAGGAGUAACUCCAACUCGCUGGGUGAUACCAUCCAGCUCAGCUGCAACAUCAGUGGAUACCCACAUCAGUAUCAGUGGCGGAAAGAUGGAGGGGGGAUCAGCCCACGUCACCAGCUAGUAAACGGGAACAGAGUCCUCAUCAUCCCAGGGGCCUCGAGUGAUGCCUGUGGAACGUACACCUGUAUUGCAACGAAUCCUGUCAGCUCCGUCCAGAUAAGUCACAGCCUGACUAUUUAUGGUAUUCCCCCAGUUCAGAUUAUCCUCAUUAUGCUUGGGACUGCAGGUCUGUUGUUCUUUGGAGUGAAUGUUCUUGGAUCUAUUGCAUUCUGUACCUUUAAGUGCAUGUCAGAGCAAGAAUCUCGUGGGAAACUAUAUCUCUUCUUAAUGUGGAUGAUUUCCUGGCACAUUCCGUCUCUCCUUGUCAUUCAGUUGGCGCUCAUUUCCUGGAGUAUUGUUGAAGGUAUUGUUACUCUACCAAUAAUUAUUUUAUUCGCUGCAUCUCUCCUGCUGUUACUCAUGCCUGUACUAGGAAAGAUUAACAGUGGCCUGGAACAUUGUGUUUCCGUGGCUGUACCGCUUAGUGGACUUCUUAUGAUCUGCUUAUCCAAUUACAUCCUGAAGGAAAAGUUUCACCAGUUGAAUAAAGGCUGUCACAGCCGCACUCUGACCUGGGGCACGUUCCUCGCAUCAACAGCUGUGAUUGGAUUGAUCCACUCCGUGUACUUUGCAGUGUGUCACUAUUAUCGAAACAAGGCACAAGCAGGAGACAUUAAACAGCUGAUUGGGGAAACGCAUGACCUGGAAGCUGAAUCAAGUUAUGAAGUCGAAUCCAAGAAGGCUCUGGUUGUUUAGACCGGACACAACAGUCUUCGCUUGCUGAUCUGAGAGGAUGAUGUUCUCUGUUUUCCUGCUAUUAACUCAAGCUUGAAAUACUCAAUGUUGUCAGUUUUGAGCAAGCUUAUCCUGAUUGCAAACAGUGUCUUUUCUUGGCUUCCAGAGAGAAACUUUCAGCCUGACAAUCCAGCACCACUGUCCUUAAUGCUGGAAUUAUAGGUCUAGAUUCCAUGAAGGAAUAAAGGGGCUCACCCACCCCAGCAUCCCAUUCACCCAGAGUUUACAGGGACUCACAGCCGGCAGUCUUCCAGGAAUAAUGUUGACAGAGUGUGCACCCCAACACAAUCCUGCUCAACCUUCACGAGCUGGAAUGAAGAAGGCUGAGGUGAUGGAACCAUAAUGUACACAAUUCUUGGGCAGUGGUUCGUUGGAGUCGCUCGGUAAGGGGUCAAUGGGAAGAGAGUGAGAGUGAAGAUUGCAGGCUUCGAAUUAACCCAAAGGAUUGUGGUUAGUCGGCAGCACGCUGUGCAUCUCGAAAGUGGCUGAAGUUUCGUAAAAUCCCUACAUAAAUUGUGGCAUACACUUCUGGUUAAACCCUGCAUGGUCUUGGGUGUUGUGUGGAGACCAUUUCAGCCAAAGGGGCAUUCCCUGUCAGUUACUCUGUGAAAUCUCACUAUUUUUGGACUCUUCGAAAAAGUACCCCGCGGCUGGAAACUUUGGCAACUAUUUCUUCGAGAUCACCUCUCUGCUGUAUUGUGAAUCGACAAGAUCGACUCUCGUGUAUCGUGAACACACAAUUCUCUCCUCUCACACAUUUCAUGAAUCUCCAUGACAGUUUAAAUUGACUCUAAGACUGUGCUUGAGUAAGACUUUAAGAAUUGUUUCUCAGUUUGCUUCUUUAGGAGCUAUAGACGCAUAAUACCGUAAACUUCUGUUUAAGAUAGCCGUUCAUUUAAUGUUCUAUAUUUCUGCAUAAACGUUAAUAAAUUUAGUUGUUUUGCAAUAA